UGCCGUGGGAAAGGGUUUUCUGUACAUUUUCUAGGUCAGCAGUUUUACCUGCCUUGAAAGGUGCUGUUAGUACGCAGCAAUAUUCCAGCCUAGAUUGAACAAGAUAUCUGAAGAGUGUCAUCAUGGACUUGGCAUCCCUAGUUUUGAAGGUUCUCAUUAUUCAUCCUGUCAUUUUUCUAGCAGAUGUGAUUGAUACAAUGUUGUGGUCUUUGAGGGUGAGAUCCUCAGACAUUAUCACUCCCAGAUUUUUUACAUUAAUUUUUCGUUCUAUUGUGUGGUUCGAAUUUGUUUUAUACUCUGAUAUGGUUUUAAUUUCCUCAUGUUUUCCAUAUCAGAAUAAUUGAAAUUUCUCAUCAUUGAUCUUCAUAUUUUUUCUGCGGCCCAUUUAUAGAUUUGGUUGAUGUCCGCCUGGAUUCUUGCAGUCUUGGAAUCUUCCAUAAAGCACAGUACUCACUCCCAUCCUGUUCCUCAUCCUCAUAGACAUGGAUGUAAGCUACAGCACCGUGUCUUCCUUUGCAGAUGACACCCGAAUUUGCAUGACAGUGUCUUCCAUGCAGACACUUCAAGACUCCAGGCAGACAUCAACUAUUUUUUUUUUCAACGAACCAGCUGUGUCUCACCAAGGCAAGUUCAUCCUUGGAACAGAAGAAUUACACUUGUAGUGCCACUGCCCAGUGUACUGUUCAUUAUGUGGCAGAACUUUUGUGGAUAUAUAAUGCAAGGAGUGAGCUUAAGGAAGAGUGCCUCACUGUAAUAAAUACUUGAAGGCCCUGAUCCAUCGUGAGGCCUGGUUGAGGAGUGGGCCACGGGAGGUGUCGGCCCCUAGAACAAUCUCCAGGUAGACGAGGACCAACCUCAGAGUUCACAUGUCUUUAGACUUAUGAAAGAUCUAUUCUUUAAUGCACUAAAGAAUUUAAGUGGUUUCUGUCAGCAUAAGAUUUUACCAGACUUAAACUUGGUUGAAAUUUCUUAAAAGUUUAUAGGUAUUUCUUCAUCAGAUGUACAUUUAUCAUAAGUGAUAAAAUAUAUGUCUACAAAAUAUGGUUUAAAGUUGAUUCAGAAAAAGGUGACAUUAUUGACACACUCUACAGAAAACCCUGGGUUAUGCUGAGCAUUUUUGGUAACCUUAAAAUUAACUUAUAACUACAACUGGAAUUUUUUGCAAGAACAGUAUGUUAGAAGUUUUAGUAAAAUUUGUUAUAAUUUUUAGGGAGGUUAUUAUGAAUGUUGGUCAGAUACAAAUGCGCGAGUUUUCAGUACAUCUAAAAGAUUCCGUAAAAAAAUCUUAAUGUGUUGUAUGGCUGUUCAUGCAAAAAAAAAUCUUAAAACACAAAGCAAAAAUAUUUAGUAGAAAACAUGAGAGUUUAUACAGAGGAACUGCAAUAUAACUGUUCAGUCUGUUUAAUGAACUUUUCACGAAAACCUGCCUUGAUACAACACGUGAGAGGUCACACUGGCGAGAAAUCAUACGAGUGUUCAAAGUGUUUAAAAGCUUUUUCAGAAAAAUUGCAUCUAAUAAAGCACAUGGAAGCUCAUUUAGGAGGGAAACCAUAUCAGUGUUGUGUGUGUUUAAAAGAAUUUACGAAAAGAGCAAAUAUGGUAGAACAUUUGAGAAUUCAUACAGGUGACAAACCAUUUCAAUGUUUGGUUUGUCUAAAAGAAUUUGGACAAAGAUCAAAACUAAUGGGACAUGCAAGAACUCAUACGGGAGAAAGACCAUAUCAAUGUUCACAGUGUCUUAAGGAAUUUUCUCAAAAAUCAAAUUUAAUAAGACAUAAGAUGAUUCAUACAGGAGAGAAACCAUAUCAGUGUUCAAAGUGUCCUAAAAAGUUUUCACAAAAAACAUAUCUAAUACAGCACAUGCAGAGUCAUACAGAAAAUAGUCUAUAUCAGUGCUCAGAAUGUUUGAAAGACUUUUCUCAAAAAUUAUCACUAACACAACACAUGAAGCUUCAUAAUGGAAUGAGACCAUAUCAGUGUUCAGAAUGCUUGAAAACAUUUAGACUAAAAACUACUCUAAUAGAACACACUAGAGUUCAUACAGGAGAAAAACCAUUUCAGUGUUCAGUAUGCUUGAAAAAAUUUAAGCAGCAGUCAGGCCUAAUGAGACACACAAGAAUUCAUACAGGAGAGAAACCAUUUCAAUGUUCAGAGUGUUUUAAAGCUUUUUCAGAAAAAUCAACACUGCUGAAACACAUGCGCUAUCAUAAAGGUGAUAAACCAUAUCAGUGUUCAGAGUGCCUAGAAGCAUUUUCAGAAAAAUCUUAUCUAAUAUUUCACACUAGACAUCAUACUGGAGAGAAACCAUAUCAGUGUUCAGAGUGUUCUAAAAACUUCUCACGAAAAUCAUCUCUAAUAACACACAUGCACAUUCAUAUACAAGAAAAACCAUAUCAGUGUACAGAGUGUGUUAAAGAAUUCGCACAAAAAUCACAUCUAAUAACUCAUAUGAAAAUUCAUACAGGAGAGAAACCAUAUCAGUGUUCUGUUUGUACAAAAGCCUUUGCACAUAAUUCAUCUUUAAUAUAUCACAUGAGAAUUCAUACAGGAGAGAAACCCUAUCAAUGUUCUGUGUGUUCAAAGAGAGUGUCACAAAAAUCAUCUCUGAGAAUACACAUGAGAAUUCAUACAGGCGAGAAACCGCAUCAGUGCUCCUUAUGUGAAAAAAAAUUUACGACAAGCUCGCAUCUAGUGAAUCACAUGAAAAUUCAUACAAAAAAACAUAAUAGUGUCACAAAUGUCAGCAAUAAUGAAAACAAAUCAGAGACUGUUGAGAAUAACCCUCAUUGAAGGGACUUUAGUUUGCCUUACUCCACUAUCCACUUUACAUUCCUUUUCUGUGUUGUGAGUGAUUUAUGAAGGGCUUGUUUAAAGCUUAUAUGUUGUGGUAAAUAAGACCUCAUUAUUGAUGUAUUAUAAUAAGUGGGUUUUAUGUAAGACAUACUACAGUAUCUUUUAUGUGGUAUCAUGCAAGUUCUUAAUAUAAGUUAUAUGGUGAAUUUAGUCAAUUUCACAAAACAUGAAUUGGUGUAUGUUAUGUAAAAGCAUGUGUAAUACAGGCUGAGAGUUUGUCCCUUGAGGACAAUCAAGAGCCCCAGUGAGGGGCUCUUGAUUUAAGGAAGUGGACCUAUCCUCCCCUUCCUUGGAUCAAAUCAGAUUGUCUUCCAUUCCCAUGUUCUGUAUGACCCUAUGGGUUUAGCACUUCCCCAUGAUUAUACGCAUAAUAACUUGAGUGUGAAUAUUUUAGUAUGAUGUUAUGAUAGGUGUUUUUUAAUGUCUGUGAAGCAUAAAUAUUUAGAGAACAGAACUUUGUGACUAAUCUCCUUUUUGUGUACAGUGUGAGAUUGAAGCUUCAGCAGUGACCAAGGGCAGUGACCACAGGCAGUGACCACAGGCAGUGACCAAGCUCUGCGUUCAUCAGGGGUUUCCAUGGUAGUGGAACCAAAGAUGCAGACACUGAAUAUAAGCUACCCAACUUUUUACCGACAUAAAUGAAGUAACUGGUCUUUAUUAAGCAGAGUUGAGUCAAGGUUCUGUAGAGUCCUCCUGUGCAUAGUGUGGGAGUAAAAAGCUUUUGCUGAUAUCUUCCCUACAUGAAUGAGGCCUUGAUGUUGAAGGCCUCUUUAAGGAAUCUCAGCAAUCCUCCCUUGCAUAAAACCUUACUACUUCCUAUUCCUUAGGUGCUGUGACCCCUGUGGGUUUAGUGCUUCCCCAUUAAUAUUUAUUAAUCUGCUAAUGCCCUGAGCUGUAUAGGCAUGAAACCUCAUUUGUCAGUAGAGCUUCAGUUACAGAGGCUGGCCAAGAACUACCCACAUAAUCUUUCCAUAGAUGGUGGCCCUUAAAAUUAUCAGAUGGAAGUAUUUGUAAUAAAAGUAGAGAAUUAAAGAAUGAUAAUUAUCCUCAUAUAUGAACUGCCUUCAGCAGUGACUGAAGAAUUUAUUAAA